UCUCGGUAAGCCUCUUGGGGCGCCGGGAGCCGGACUUCACUGCACUUGCCUCAGAGCGCUCUGUCCAUCGUGUUUCUUCCUCCUCGCCUCUGCUCCGUCUGCCUCCGCCAUGGCCCAAGCUGACAUUGCACUGAUUGGACUGGCUGUCAUGGGCCAGAACUUAAUUUUGAACAUGAAUGAUCAUGGAUUUGUGGUCUGUGCUUUCAAUAGGACAGUCUCCAAAGUCGAUGACUUCUUGGCCAAUGAGGCGAAGGGAACCAAGGUGAUUGGCGCGCAGUCCUUGAAGGACAUGGUGUCCAAGUUGAAGAAGCCCCGCCGGGUCAUACUGCUUGUGAAGGCUGGGCAGGCGGUGGAUGACUUCAUCGAGAAGCUGGUACCCUUGUUGGACACCGGUGACAUCAUCAUCGACGGAGGAAAUUCUGAAUACCGGGACACGACAAGAAGAUGCCGGGACCUCAAGGCCAAGGGCAUCUUGUUUGUGGGGAGCGGAGUCAGCGGCGGUGAGGAAGGGGCUCGGUACGGGCCCUCACUCAUGCCAGGAGGGAACAAAGAGGCCUGGCCUCACAUCAAGACAAUCUUCCAAGCCAUCGCUGCCAAAGUGGGAACAGGAGAACCCUGCUGUGACUGGGUGGGAGAUGAGGGGGCAGGGCACUUUGUGAAGAUGGUGCACAACGGGAUAGAGUAUGGGGACAUGCAGCUGAUCUGCGAGGCCUACCACUUGAUGAAAGAUGUCCUGGGCAUGCGGCAUGAGGAGAUGGCUCAGGCAUUUGAAGAAUGGAACAAGACAGAACUGGACUCAUUCCUGAUUGAAAUCACGGCCAAUAUCCUCAAGUUCCGGGACGCUGAUGGCAAAGAGCUGUUACCCAAGAUCCGGGACAGUGCCGGGCAGAAGGGCACCGGCAAGUGGACCGCCAUCUCCGCGCUGGAGUACGGCAUGCCCGUCACCCUCAUCGGAGAAGCUGUCUUUGCUCGGUGCUUGUCCUCUCUGAAGGAGGAGCGAGUUCAGGCCAGCCGAGAGCUGAAGGGUCCCAAGAUGGUCCAGCCGGAAGGCAAUAAGAAGUCCUUCCUGGAGGAUAUCCGUAAGGCCCUCUAUGCCUCCAAGAUCAUCUCGUACGCGCAGGGCUUUAUGCUGCUCAGACAGGCAGCCACCGAGUUUGGCUGGACCCUCAAUUAUGGCGGCAUCGCCCUGAUGUGGAGAGGGGGUUGCAUCAUCCGAAGUGUAUUCCUGGGGAAAAUUAAAGAUGCAUUUGAGCGAAACCCAGAACUUCAGAACCUGCUGCUAGAUGACUUCUUUAAGUCAGCAGUCGACAGCUGCCAGGACUCCUGGCGGCGGGUGAUCAGCACUGGGGUGCAGGCGGGCAUUCCCAUGCCCUGCUUCACGACCGCCCUCUCCUUCUAUGAUGGGUACAGACAUGAGAUGCUGCCAGCAAACCUCAUCCAGGCUCAGCGGGACUACUUUGGGGCUCACACCUAUGAACUCUUAGCCAAACCAGGAGAAUUUAUCCACACCAACUGGACGGGCCACGGGGGCAGUGUGUCAUCCUCUUCAUACAACGCCUAGUAGGCCUGUGGCCUUGCCCUCCCUGCCAGCGACAGGGCAGCCCCUGUGGCACCCAGCACCCCUCUUUGCCCUAGUUCCUGCUCAGAUCUCUUAGCCAAGUCUUGGCUGCGAUUGCCGAAGAUGUCACCAAGGUCUGUAGUUUCUGAACCACCAUGUGCUCCACCUCGAUCUUUCGUGCUGCCCAGGAACUGACCUUGUGCGCCCCUGCGUGACCGCUCCCUGACUGAGCUGUGCCACGUGGGUCAGACAGGCUGCAGCUCUUAGCACACAUGGGCGUGUGGGAUUGUACAACCUGGACCAUGGACCAUGUGUGUGGCUUCUGCUGUCCCGACUCAGUAAAAGAGUGUAUGGUGACACUCUACUGGGUCUGCCUGGCAGGAAGAUCUGCACUGUUCACUGUCGAGAAUUGAUUUGUUUCCCUUUAGCCUUGUUCAUUUUUAACUCUGGCUUUUUUAAGACUCCAAAUAAAACAGGACAGGUUGAUUUGAAGGUGAUGAGUAAAUCUGGAGGGAGGGGAAGAGCCAAGGUGGGGAGGCUCUCCUGUGGGGUCACAGCAGGUACCCGGAUGUGCACAUGACAUUUGUCCCAUCACACUUGUAAUAAACUUUUAGGCUGA